AUGUCAAAUGAUGACAACCAUAAUAAUAACAAUGUAUUACCACUACCUACUUGGAUCAUAACGAUAGCCUUUUAUUCGUCAAUCAUAUCUACAAUUAUCAUAUUUCUAAGCAUUUUUUUACAUUUAUUAAAUUAUAGAAAACCAUUUCAACAAAGAUUAAUGAUUAGAAUUCAAAUCAUUGUUCCAUUAUUUGCAUUAUCAUGUUAUUCAAUGUUAAUUGAUCAAACUUCAAUAUUUAAUAAAUUUAUUCUUGAACCAAUUAGAGAAGUAUAUGAAGCAUUUGUUAUUUAUACUUUUUUCAGUUUAUUAACUGAUAUGUUGGGAGGUGAACGUCAAAUUAUAAUAAUGACAAGUGGAAGAAGUCCAGUUAAACAUCCAGGAAUUUUAGGAAAAUUAUUACCACCAUUAGAUAUAUCUGAUCCAUAUACUUUUUUAAUGAUUAAACGUGGAAUAUUACAAUAUGUUUGGUUAAAACCAAUUAUUUGUAUAAUGACAAUUUUAACUGAAAUUUUAGGAAUUUAUGAUAUAAAUAAUAUGAGUUAUAAAAGUAUUUAUUUUUGGCUAACUAUUUUAUAUAAUGCAAGUGUUACAUUAUCACUUUACUGUUUAGCUAUAUUUUGGAAAAUUUUAUGGAAUGAUUUAAAACCAUUUAAACCAGUUGGGAAAUUUUUAUGUGUUAAAUUAAUUAUAUUUGCAUCUUAUUGGCAAGGUAUAAUAUUAGCAAUACUUAAUUGGUUUCAAGUAUUACCUGGUUCAAAUCAAUUAGAUAUUUCCGUUGGACUAUGUAUUCAAAAUGCUUUAUUAUGUGUCGAAUUAAUUGGAUUUUCAAUUGGUCAUUGGGUUAGUUUUAGUUUUUAUCCAUUUACAAUUAGUCAAUUACCCUGGGCAAGAUUAAAAUUUUAUUAUGCAUUGAAGGAUUGGAUUGGUUUUAAAGAUUUAAUUAGCGAUUUUGGUUUAACUUUCCAUGGUGAUUAUUAUAAAGAUUAUAAACAAUUUGAUUCAGUAGAAGCAUUAAUUGCUCAUCCUGAUUCAAAAGGUAGAAUGAGUAGAAUUCAUCAAGGUUUAAGAUAUCAAUAUGAUGGGAAACAAAAACAUUGGUUACCAGAAACUCAAUCAAUAACGAGUGCAAAUAUAAAUAUUCCAUCAACUUCAGAAAUUCAUGCAUUUGAUACUAGUUCAAUUCUAUCUAAUAAUACAUCAAUGAGAGGGAUAUACCCCAUUAAUUCAAAUACUUCCCCACCAACAUCACCAACAAGAGAAGUUGAAGAAAAUGAGGAAUCUAUAAUGAAUGUAAUCAAUGAAGAUUUAUUUUUGAGUAAUAUAGAUUAUUCAAUGGAAGGUUUUGAUGAUGAUGAAAAAAUAUAUAUUGAAGCUAUUAAUACAAUAGGUAAUUAUAAUCUUGAAGAUAAAAGAGUUAAAAAAAUUUUAAAUUAUCCUAUUGUUGAUGAAGUUAUUAAUUCUCAUGCUUAUGGUUAUAAAGUUAAACAAUUGAGACAAAGGCAAAAAAUAAGGCAAAAGAAAAAUAGUGAACCAAAUAUUUUACAAAGUAAUCAAAGUUAUAGAUAUGGAAGUAUUGUAUAA